AUGCUCGCCGACUUCCUCACCGAGGCCUUUGACGAAGACCCUGACCUAGAGCCUGUCAUACCUCACUUCAACCACAAACAUCUCGACCAGAUGGGAACCAUCAUUAAGGCUUUCAACUACUACUUCUUCGUCUUGGCAGCCUUUGUUGUUCUCUACACAAUCAAGUUGGCUGUGGCUGCGCAUGAAGUUGACAAAAAGAACCGCUACAAAGCGCCAGUCGGAAGCGGAAGCGCCUUUGACUACUUCAACCCCAACAAAGCGAUUGUCACAGGCAAAAAAGACUCCAUGGAGCAGCUGGCUGAGAAAGCCGAGAGACUCGGCAUCUUCGAGGCCAACGAGGCAUCCGAACCUUCUUCCGACAAGCGGGACAAAGACCAUUCCAAGGGCCGAGAUCGCCCUUCUGAGCUUGGGUUCUUGAGACGGAGCCCUGAAGAUGUCAUACGCCAUAUCGUCCAAUUUCUUUCUUAA